AUGAGAACUACGCGGCGUCAAUACUCGCAAGAGACGAGGAGGCUCUUGGCCGCCAACCUCCUCAGCGUGUUCGCCGUUGCCCUGACAGCGGUCGUCCCGGCUUUCUUCUGGGAGGGGUUCACGGUUCUGGGGACCCACCUGGCGUGGCUGUGCGUUUGUUCCGCUGGCGUCGGCGCCCUGCGCGUUGUCUUGCACUUAGUCCUUAAUCCAAAUCAGUCUCCUAAGAAAAGUUCUUGUGCUCACAAGAUAUCCAGAUUUCUAAAAUGCUGUAUAUACUUUUUCAUGUCUUGCGUACUAUUUCAUGUGAUUAUUGUUCUUUAUGGAGCGCCUCUCAUAGAAUCUGUGACUGAGACAUUUUUGUUUGCAGUUCUCCUGUCUACCUUUACUACGUUACAAUGCUUGUGUAUGCUGGGACCAAAUGUACAAGCAUGGAUACGGGUAUUUAGUAAAAAUGGAGCUACCUCUAUCUGGGAAAGCAGCCUACAGAUUACUACCAUGUGCAGUAUACUAGGAGCUUGGUUUGGAGCAUUUCCUAUUCCUCUUGAUUGGGAUCGGCCUUGGCAGGUAUGGCCCAUCUCCUGUUCCCUCGGAGCUACCUUUGGCUACGUGGCUGGUCUGAUUAUUGCACCUCUGUGGAUACACUGGAACCGGAAGCAGCUUACAUACAAAAGCAGAUAACUGGAGCAAAGAGAGACAAGAUAUGGGCUUCUCUUUCAUAUCAUUCAGUCUUGCCAGAGUUUUUGGGUCAUCACGAAGAUCAAUCUAGCAAGAAAGAUUGCAGUCAUGUUGGAAUACUAACAAAAGUCAGCAGGCUCUAUGAUGCCCUCUUUUUAAAGC